AUGCACUGUGUGCUGUUGAAGUUAAAGGCCCCGUACACCUACCUGCUGCCCCAAGUUAAAGGCCCCGUCUACAUAUUUACCUGCUGUCCCAAGUUAAAGGCCCCCUACACCCUCUUGGAGUCCCAAGAUAAAGGUCCCGUACACCGACCUGCUGCCCACGUUAAAGGCCCUGUAUAUCUGCCUGCUGUCAAAGUUAAAGGCCCCGUAUACAUACUUACCUGCAGUCCCAAGGUAAAGGCCCCAUACACCCUCUUGCAGUCCCAAGUUAAAGGUCCCGUACACCGACCUGCUGCCAAAGUUAAAGUUCCCGUGUACAUACUUACCUGCCGCCCCAAAUUAGAGGCCCCAUAUACCUACCUGCAGCCCGAAGAUAAAGGCCCUGUAUACUUACCUGCUGUUUUGAGUCAACGGCCCCGUACCUCUAUUCGCUGCCCAAAGUUAAAAGCCCCUUCUAUUUACCUGCUGUCCCAAGCUAAAGGCCUUGUACACCCACCUGCUGUCGAAGGUAAAGGCCCGGUAUACUUACCUACUGUCAAAGCCCAAGGCUCCGUGUACUCACCUGCAUGUCCGUUGACCCCAUAUUGGAUUGGUGAUAGCGAUCAGCAUCCCCCCUUGGACCCCUAUUGUGUCACAAACACGGAAGGAUCAGUGCAUGAACUGUAA